AUGGCUCCAAGAUAUGACAGAAAGCCGGUUUUGGUAGGUACUCCAACAAACAAAACCAAAAUCGGUUCAUCAUCCGCUACUGGCUAUUCCCCAUUUGCAGAUUCUCGGGCACUAGAAUUAAUACUCAAUAAUGUCCAGGGUGAAAUUGUCGGGAAGAACAUUAGCAAAAAGCAACAUAGCCUUGUUGCUAAAAAUAAGCGUAAAGUUGCAUUCAAUUUAAAGCAUACCGUGUUUAAGAAAAAGGCAUCAUCACCUCUUAGUCAACAAGGGGAAUUCAUGACGCAAGAACAUGAAGCUAAGAUGUGGAAGUACAAACGUAUCGAGGUGCAAGCUCAGGUCAGAAAAGCGAAACGAGCACUCCAUGAGCAAAAGGAAAAAAUCCAUAAAAAGAGACAAGAGUUAAAACGACUAAAAAUAAUUGAAAGUGAACUGCGUCAAAUCCUUGAUAAGUGCGAGUCACAAUCUCAAGAACUAUCUGUAACAUCCGCUUCUUUAGUAUUUAGGGUGAGAGUGUUUUUCUCUUGGUAA